GUGACCCGGCGGCGCGGCCCGGCUGCUUCCCCGGCGCCGCCUCCCCGCUGCGGCCGGGCCCGGCCCAGUGCCGCGCUCCUCCGCUCCGUGCCUCUCCACCGCAGCGGCCCCGCCGCGAUGUGGCUGGGGCCCGAGGAGGUGCUGCUGGCCGGCGCGCUGUGGGUCACGGAGCGGGCCAACCCCUUCUUCUUGCUUCAGCGCCGGCGGGGACACGGCAAAGGGGGCGGCCUCACGGGUCUUCUUGUGGGAACAUUAGACGUGGUUUUGGAUUCCAGUGCCAGAGUUGCCCCAUACCGUAUUCUGCACCAGACUCAGGACUCUCAAGUGUACUGGGCAGUGGCAUGUGGGUCAUCCCGUAAAGAGAUCACAAAGCAUUGGGAAUGGCUGGAGAAUAACUUACUGCAGACUCUCUCCAUCUUUGAUAAUGAAGAAGAUAUCACCACCUUUGUGAAGGGCAAGAUACAUGGAAUUAUUGCUGAAGAGAACAAGAAUGAGCAGCCCCAGAGUGAAGAGGAUCCAGGUAAAUUCAAAGAGGCUGAACUGAAAAUGCGGAAGCAGUUUGGGAUGCCCGAGGUGGAGAAGUUGGUCAAUUACUAUUCCUGCAGCUAUUGGAAAGGCCGUGUACCCAGGCAGGGAUGGCUGUACCUCACUGUCAAUCACCUCUGUUUCUACUCCUUCUUGCUGGGCAAAGAGGUUACACUGGUGAUCCAGUGGGUGGAUGUAACCCAGCUAGAAAAAAAUGCCACGCUGCUGUUCCCUGAGUGCAUUAAAGUAAGCACAAGGGACAGUGAACUUUAUUUUUCCAUGUUUCUCAACAUCAAUGAGACAUUCAAGCUGAUGGAGCAGUUGGCUAAUAUUGCUAUGCGGCAGCUGUUGGAUAAUGAGAGCUUCCUACAGGACAAGUCUCUCCCGAAGCCCAGGAAGCCUCUUAAGAACAUCUCUGCAUUAAAAAGAGACCUGGAUGCUCGAGCCAAAAAUGAGUGCUACCGUGCCACUUUCCGGUUGCCUAAGGAUGAAUGCCUGGAUGGACACACAGAUUGUACCUUGUGGACACCAUUCAACAAGAUGCAUAUUCCUGGCCAGAUGUUUGUUUCCAACAAUUACAUUUGUUUUGCCAGCAAGGCAGAGGAGGCCUGUCAUCUCAUCAUUCCUCUCAGGGAGGUGACAAUAGUUGAGAAAGCAGAUAGUUCCAGUGUCUUGCCCAGCCCUCUGUCCAUCAGCACUAAAAGUAAAAUGACCUUCUUCUUUGCCAAUCUGAAAGACCGAGAUUUCUUGGUACAGAGAAUCUCUGACUUCUUGCAGAGAACACCAUCCAAGAAGCCAUGUGGCAGCGACAGGGAAUGGAAGUGGAAUUCGGCUGAUCCUGGUUGUGAGGAGGUUCCAGAGUUGCCUUCCAGCAGCCCACUUGCUGUUAGCCCUGUGUCUGCUCUCAGCAGUCGACCUAUCAACUUCUGUGCCGGGGAAGUGCCAACAGCCUCACAGGGACUACUCAAACUCUUCAGAAGAAAUUCCGAGGAGCUUUCAGGACCCAAAGGGGCAAAGGAAAAGAUGAAAGAAGAGUCUUGGAACAUCCAUUUCUUUGAAUAUGGGCGAGGCAUGUGUAUGUAUCGCACUGCCAAGACAAGAGAGCUGGUGCAAAAAGGAAUCCCAGAGAACCUUCGUGGAGAAUUGUGGCUCCUUUUCUCAGGGGCUUGGAAUGAGAUGGUGACUCAUCCUGGUUACUAUGCAGAUCUUGUGGAAAAGUCAAUGGGAAAGUACAAUCUUGCUACAGAAGAAAUAGAGAGAGAUCUGCACCGUUCUAUGCCAGAACAUCCUGCCUUCCAGAAUGAGCUGGGAAUUGCUGCCCUCCGCAGAGUGUUAACAGCUUAUGCAUUCAGAAAUCCAACAAUUGGGUACUGUCAGGCCAUGAACAUCGUUACAUCAGUACUGCUGCUGUACUGCAAUGAGGAAGAGGCUUUCUGGCUCCUCGUGGCUUUAUGUGAGAGGAUGUUGCCAGAUUACUACAACACAAGAGUAGUCGGUGCGUUGGUUGACCAAGGCAUCUUUGAAGAGCUUACACGAGAGUAUCUGCCACAGCUGUCAGAAAAGAUGCAGGACCUAGGAGUUAUCUCCACCAUAUCCCUUUCCUGGUUUCUCACUCUUUUUCUCAGUGUCAUGCCCUUUGAGAGUGCCGUGGUCAUUGUCGACUGUUUUUUCUAUGAGGGAAUCAAGUUCAUCUUACAAGUGUCAUUGGCCAUACUUGAUGCCAACAUGGAGAAGUUGUUACAGUGCUGUGAUGAAGGUGAAGCCAUGACUAUUCUGGGCAGAUAUUUGGACAAUGUAGUUAACAGACAAAGUGUCUCUCCUCCUAUUCCCCACUUGCAUGCUUUACUGACAAGUGGAGAUGACCCACCACUGGAAAUCGAUAUCUUUGAGCUCAUCAAAACAUCCUAUGAGAAAUUUAGCAAUCUGAAGGCAGAUGACAUUGAACAAAUGCGUUUUAAACAAAGGCUAAAAGUGAUCCAGUCUCUGGAGGAUACAGCCAAGAAGAGUGUGGUUCGAGCUGUGUCAGGUGACAUUGGUUUCUCUAUUGAGGAACUAGAAGAGCUGUAUGUAGUGUUCAAGGCAAAGUAUCUGAUGAGCUGUUACUGGGGAAAUAACCGUGCUGCAGGUGCCCGCCGGGAUCAGAGUUUACCCUACCUGGAGCAGUAUCGCAUCGACAUGGACCAGUUCAAAGAGCUGUUCAUCGCUUUGACCCCCUGGUCCUGUGGCGCACAUACACCGGUGCUAGCGGGGCGUUUGUUCCGGCUUCUGGAUGAGAACAGGGAUUCUCUCAUUAACUUCAAGGAGUUUGUCACAGGGAUGAGUGGGAUGUACCAUGGUGACCUUACUGAAAAACUCAAAGUACUGUACAAACUGCAUCUGCCUCCUGCUCUGAACCCAGAGGAGACAGAGUCUGCUUUGGAGGCCACAAGUUAUUUCACAGAGGAUGUUACAGCAGAAGUAUCUCCUUUUGUCUCAGAGCUGGAUUUCUGCCUGCACUGUGAGUCUCAAGAAACCCAAGAAGAUAAAGGAAGGACAAAUGAGAAUGGUCCAGAAAAAGAGGAGAAAGGUACCAGUCCACAGGACUACAGGUACUACCUAAGAAUGUGGGCCAAGGAAAAAGAGUCCAGGAAAGAAACCAUUAAAGAUCUUCCCAAAAUGAGCCAGGAACAAUUCAUAGAGUUAUGCAAGACCCUUUACAACAUGUUCAGUGAGGACCCAGUGGAGCAAGAGCUGUAUCAUGCCAUUGCCACUGUAGCCAGUCUCCUUCUGCGAAUUGGAGAGGUUGGGAAAAAGUUCUCCAACAGGCCCAUGAGGAAGUCUGAGGACUGCAAAACAAACAAUACCCAAGAUCCUGUGAGUGAAGAGGAGUCACCAACAUCUGAACAGAGUCAGAAUUCAGCAGUUGAGCAGCAGCCCCAAGCUGACCAUGAGGACAAAACCUGCAGAGAUGCUCAGCCUGAAAAACCACAGCAGGAGAACCAAACUCUAGGAGAUGCAUCAGGGGAAGGACAAAGCUCUCCUUUACAGCUGCUAUCAGAUGAUGAAACCAAAGAUGAUAUGUCCAUGUCUUCCUAUUCCAUGGUCAGCACAGGCUCCCUGCAGUGUGAAGACAUUGCAGAUGACACGGUCCUGGUUGGUUGUGAAGGCAGCAGUUCAGCUGCCAGGUAUGGUAGCACCAUUGACACUGACUGGUCUAUCUCCUUUGAGCAGAUCUUAGCUUCCAUGCUGACGGAAGCAGCCCUUGUAAACUACUUUGAGAAGAAAGUCAACAUUCUCCAAAAGAUCAAAGAUCAGAAGAAAGUAGAGAGGCAGUUCAGUUCAUCCAGUGAUUAUGAACUUUCCUCCGUGUCAGGGUGAACUGGAGAAAGCAGGAAUUGUCUUUGGGAGAUGCAGCAGGGAGAUAAUGUGGCAGAUGGCAGAACGGUUUGGUAUUUUGUGUUUGGGGACUUUUUUGUUUAAUCAGAGACCAGUAGCUACACAAUUACAAUAGAUUCCAGUUGAUAAGGGGCUUCUGACAUCUGACAGUGACUUUUUUGUAGGUGCUUCUUUGGCUACUCUGGCUGGUGGAGUUAGGUCUAUAUUCUCAAGAGCCAUUAGAACCUAGUAGCUCCUGACAUACAGAAUUACCACCAUAAAUUGUGCAUGUCUGCCUUUUGCUGUCCUUUAUUUUAAUGAAGUUUUAUUUCAGACAGUAACUGCUCCUUGCCUGCCCUUGUUUGCUGUAGGCUCCUGGGUAACUUGCACAGCAGAUGCAGCCUGGCUUGAAACCAUGUCCACCGCUGUCUGCCAGCCUGGGAGCUAACACAGUGUAGUCAAGUGCUGUAGGGCCCUGACCCAGAAAUAGUCUUGUAAGUUCUUCAGUGCUGUUCUGUGACUCAGCAGCUCUAGUGCAAGUCAGCCCACUGCUCCCAGCACCCUCAGAUCUAAACACGGACAUUUCUCAGGUCUGCAGGUUUCUUUCAGAUGGGAUUUGGCAUUUUCAUAGUGUAUGAUCACGUUCUCCUUCAGCAUUCAAGAGUUUUCAGACAAACCUGGUUUUCUAGCAUUUCCUUUACUAAUCCUUUGAAAUCCAUUGGUUUUGGUUUGCCUGGGAAGCCACAAGCUCCUUGACCUCAGUGCAGAGUAAUAUUAAGUCAAUCAGUGGUCUUAUGAUGGUUAUAGUGAGGGACUAAGUUCCUAAAUUAGAAGGCGGUGAAUCAGCCUGUGUUACAGGGCAGUGGCAUGCUGGUCUGCUGGACUUUUCCUGUCAGUACAGGAAACAUCCCUUGUCUCUUGUCUGUUCUCUAUUUUUACUAGCUAAUGAUGGGUACAGUUUUUAGGAGGACCCCUAAGAACAGUCUGAUCAGUCAACCCUUGCAAAUUUGUGGGGCAGGGAGAUGUGCAGGAGCAUUGUAUCACCUGCAGCUACUCAGUGUGUCCUUCCUGAGCAUCUCCUGUACAAAGAGUCCAGCAGUGGACAUGCUCUUAGAAAUUCCUACUCAUCAAAGGGCAAUUACACUCAAAGAGGAAGAAUUCAAAGCAGUGUGGCCCUCUGCCAUCAGCCCUUUGUGGGAAAUCUCGAUAAUAGACUAGAUCUCUUUUCCAGUUAGAGACAAAAUAACUGGGAGACUGAGUGACUGCUCUUUUAGAUCAGUUAAGACCAGAAGAAACUAAGAGUUAGCUUUCUGGUAGUAGGGCAUUACAGAAGUAAUUCUGUUCCUACAGAUAAAUUCCUCUCAGUACACAGACAUCUGCCUUGCAGGGCAGGAGUGAGAGCUAAGCCCGCACUGAAGGCAAGGUUUGCUACGGCUGUUGGCUGGGAUUCAGAAUGUGAAGGUUGGGAAGGACACGUACGGUUGGAUGUUCCCAUUUAACACUACUUGGCAUGCUAAUCGGUGUUAAUUCCUCCUUGUGACAGUCUCUGUAGGUAUUCACAGCUGGUACAUAUUCCUUAUUUCUCUGCCUCCUGUGUCCUGCAUCACUGGAGAGCAGCCAUUAGUCAAACUGCUUUUACUAAUUAUUCAGUAAUUUAUUGUCAUUUUUUAAAUUACAAAUAAUACAUGUGAUUUUACACAGUCUGUCUGUCUCAUGUCAUGUACUCAAUAAAGGAACCAGAAUCCUACACA